ACGCAUCGCAUCUGGGAUGGUUGAAUCCCUUCGGUUAAUUAUAUUCCCUCCUCUCCUUUUUUCCUCUCACCGGCCGCCGCUUUGCAUAUAUAGACUCCAGCACUAUUGCUUUUCCCACAGCAGAAACCCACCAAGAGCUCGUCAAAAACAGCGCCUAGCUAGCUAGCGAGCUAGGUACGAGGAUACAUACAUCGCAAUUGCAUUGCAUCACGCGUCGCAUUGGGUUUAGAUCCUGGAGCUAGCGGUGGUAGCGGUAGAGCUUGGCUAGCCGUUACGUAGUAUGGCACCAAUGGGUGUGUGGAGGAGCAAUAGUGGUGUCACGCUCGCGCUGUCACUGCUGGUCCUCCUGCUGCACUCGGCGUCGCCGGCUCGCGGCCAGGCGUCCGACGGCGUGGUGAUCGCGCAGGCGGACCUGCAGGGGCUGCAGGCCAUCCGGCAGGCGCUGGUCGACCCGCGGGGGUUCCUGAGCGGGUGGAACGGCACGGGCCUCGGCGCCUGCUCCGGGGAGUGGGCCGGCGUCAAGUGCGCGCGCGGCAAGGUCGUCGCGCUGCAGCUGCCGUUCAAGGGCCUCGCCGGCGCGCUCUCCGACAAGGUCGGCCAGCUCACCGCGCUGCGCAAGCUCAGCUUCCACGACAACGCGCUCGGCGGCCAGGUGCCGGCCGCCAUCGGAUUCCUGCGCGACCUCCGUGGCCUCUACCUCUUCAACAACCGGUUCGCCGGAGCCGUGCCGCCGACGCUCGGCGGGUGCGCGUUCCUCCAGACGCUCGACCUCAGCGGCAACUCGCUCUCGGGGACCAUCCCUUCCUCUCUCGCCAAUGCAACCAGGCUCUAUAGGCUCAGCCUCGCGUACAACAACCUCUCUGGUGCUGUGCCGGCCAGUCUCACUUCUCUCCGUUUCCUUGAAUCCUUUAGCCUCAACAAUAACAAUCUCAGCGGCGAGAUGCCAUCCACCAUUGGCAAUCUCCGGAUGCUCCGUGACCUGUCUCUAAGCCACAAUUUGAUCAGUGGGAGCAUCCCCGAUGGAAUUGGGAACCUCUCAAGGCUCCAAUAUCUGGACCUUUCUGACAAUCUGUUAGGUGGUAGCCUCCCUGUCUCACUCUGCAACGUUACCUCGUUAGUACAGAUCAAGCUGGAUGGCAAUGGCAUUGGAGGUCACAUUCCUGAUGCCAUUGACGGGCUCAAGAACCUAACCGAGCUGUCCCUGAGGAGAAAUGUUCUUGACGGGGAAAUUCCGGCGGCGACCGGGAACCUCUCAAGGCUGUCCUUGCUCGACGUAUCUGAGAACAACCUCACGGGAGGGAUUCCAGAGUCCCUGAGCAGCCUUGCCAAUCUCAACUCUUUCAAUGUGUCUUACAACAACCUCUCAGGCCCUGUGCCUGUGGUUCUUUCCAACAGGUUCAAUUCCAGCUCCUUCCUAGGAAACCUUGAGCUCUGUGGGUUCAAUGGCUCCGAUAUCUGCACCUCCGCUUCUUCUCCGGCGACCAUGGCGUCUCCACCGCUCCCUUUGUCACAGCGGCCGACCCGGCGGCUCAACAGAAAGGAGCUCAUCAUUGCAGUCGGAGGCAUCUGCUUGCUCUUCGGUCUCCUCUUCUGCUGCGUCUUCAUUUUCUGGAGGAAAGAUAAGAAGGACAGCGCGUCGUCCCAGCAGGGCACCAAGGGCGCCACAACCAAGGAUGCCGGCAAGCCUGGCACGCUCGCUGGCAAGGGAAGUGACGCCGGCGGGGACGGCGGUGGCAAGCUAGUCCACUUCGACGGCCCCCUCUCGUUCACAGCGGAUGACCUGCUUUGCGCCACCGCGGAGAUCCUGGGGAAGAGCACGUAUGGAACAGUGUACAAGGCGACCAUGGAGGACGGCAGCUACGUGGCGGUGAAGCGGCUCCGGGAGAAGAUCGCCAAGAGCAGCAAGGAGUUCGAGGUGGAGGUGAACGCGCUCGGCAAGCUCCGGCACCCUAACCUCCUCUCCCUCAGGGCCUACUACCAUGGGCCUAAGGGCGAGAAGCUCCUCGUGUUCGACUUCAUGAACAAUGGCAACCUGGCCUCUUUCCUCCAUGCUCGCGCGCCUGACAGCCCACCAGUGAGCUGGCCGACGAGGAUGAACAUCGCCGUGGGCGUGGCGCGGGGGCUGCACCACCUGCACACCGAUGCAAGCAUGGUGCACGGCAACCUGACGAGCAGCAACAUCCUCCUGGACGAGGACAACGACGCCAAGAUCGCCGACUGCGGCCUGCCGCGUCUCAUGAGCGCCGCGGCCAACAACAAUGUGGUGGCCGCGGCGGGUGCGCUUGGCUACCGCGCGCCCGAGCUCUCCAAGCUGAAGAAGGCCAACACCAAGACCGACAUCUACAGCCUGGGCAUGAUCAUGCUCGAGCUCCUCACCGGCAAGUCGCCAGGGGACACGACCAACGGGCUCGACCUGCCGCAGUGGGUGGCCUCCGUCGUCGAGGAGGAGUGGACCAACGAGGUGUUCGACCUUGAGCUCAUGAAGGACGCGGCCACGGGCUCGGAGACCGGCGAGGAGCUCGUGAAGACGCUGAAACUCGCAUUGCAUUGCGUCGAUCCUUCGCCCGUGGCACGGCCCGAGGCGCAGCAGGUAUUGCGGCAGCUCGAGCAGAUCAGGCCCUCGAUUGCGGUCUCCGCCACCUCGUCCUUCACCGGCGAGCCGAGCCAUACUACUGCGACCGCCACUACCAUCACCGAUGAUACAAGAUCCACCACCACAGAGUAGUCAGCCUCUUGCAGACUGAAAGAAAAUCCCAGCUCUUAGUUUCUUCAGACUAUUAAUAAGUAGACUCCAGAGUCUAUUUUUCAGUCUGUAUAUAGAGUUCUUAGAGGGCAAGAGAGUUUUGGUGCCCGUGUCAUUCUUUCAUUCCUAAAUUCAUUUGUAUCUGGCAGAAGCACUCCUUGUUAUCAGAAGAUGAUUCGUGAGUGCUGGCCUCUUUUUACAUGUUUCAACGAACAUUUGGUGUUUCAGUACUUUGUCUGAACUCUGAAAGGGAUGCCAUUCGACUCCUCGAAAGAAAUAUAUGGUUUGAUUCUUUUAA